AUGCGCUUCUCUCAAUCACACCGCACAGAUCAGUCGCAAUGGUCAUCAUCAUCCAAUUCCCAAGAUCAAUGGCAACAGUCGAAUCGUGGCAACGGUCAGGGACUUGGUGAUGCGACACUUACACAGGACCCUUUCCCUGACUUUGGCAGAAAGCCCUGCAGAGAUCUGUGCGAGGCUCCGAAUCCAAAAGGAGGGUCCACCUCAAAUCCAUCUUCGCAACCGGAUGCAAACAUUGGGCAAUGUUGGCCAAUACCACCUCUUGAUUACGGGUAUUUUUCAGCCGCCUAUAGUGGUGAGACUUCAGCCCUGGCUUCUGACCCAAACGCCUUUUUUCCGACUCACGACGCAAACACGCUUACAAGUGCAGCUCCAGAUCCAAACGCGGGUGCCUCUUCCAAUCCAGGCACAUCGUCGCACCUUUCGUAUGUGCGAACUGCGGCAGAUGAAGCAGCUUAUGAUGACUUCUACGGCCGAAACAACUGA